ACUCUCUCUCUCUCUCUCCCUGUCUGUCUAUUCUCUUAUAUAUAUAUAUAUAUAGCAACAAUAUCACAAUCAUUCACCAUUCAUUAUCAUCAUCCACUGGCAAUAAUAGAGAGAGAGAGAAAUAUAGAGAGCUCCACAGGAGAAAUUGUCAAGAAGUUGUUCACUGAUCUCUUUCUCUGAAGAAUUAAAUAAACAAGACCUAUGGGGAGAGCUCCCUGCUGUGACAAAGCCAAUGUCAAGAAAGGCCCGUGGUCCCCUGAGGAAGACGCGACCCUCAAGUCCUACAUUGAAGAACAUGGCCCCGUUGGCAAUUGGAUCGCCCUGCCACAAAAGAUCGGCCUCAAGAGAUGUGGCAAGAGCUGCCGGCUUCGAUGGUUGAAUUACCUUAGGCCGAACAUCAAGCAUGGAGGGUUCUCCGAGGAGGAGGACAAAAUCAUUUGCAGCCUCUACAUAAAUAUCGGAAGCAGGUGGUCUAUUAUAGCCGCGCAAUUGCCAGGACGAACUGAUAAUGAUAUCAAGAACUACUGGAACACGAAGUUGAAGAAGAAGCUCUGGGGCAAGCAACGUAACAAGGAACAUCAUGCUCGGAAAAAUAACUCCAAGAGGGGAAGUACGAAUAUAUCAUCAGAGAACGACAAUUUCUCGGUAAUUUCUGGGACAGCAAGUGACUGGUCUGAGCUUCAACAAGAAGUGACUAAGGCGCCAUUGGCAAAUAUGAACCAGAACCCUAACCUGACGACCAGUGACCAGUCAUCUGUAUGGGAGUUGCUCGUGCAGCUCGGAGGAAGAUUUUCUCCGAACUACAAUCAAGAACCUGUCCCGACAAACACCAAUAUGGUCCAAAACCGAAACGAUAUUAUUCCCCAUUCAAGUUAUUAUAACCCCUUUGAAAGAAACAUGCUUCUUGCCUCUUCACAGCCUUUGGGCAACUCCCUCACCGGGGCUCUACCUACCCUAUACGACACGAGCGGGUUGGAUAACGUUAACUCUACAGUUGUUCUCGACCCCAAUAUGCUCCAAGAUUUCUCGAUGAGUGAAGUCGAUAAGUACCAUGGUCGGCUGAACCUGCUAUCAGACGGGCUGAAUACGAGCAACAAUUAUGGCACCGACGGGAUGAUGAACGGAAGCAUAUGUAGUAGCGCUCUUAGUAACAACUAUGAAGGGAGCAACAUUAUCUGGGAAGAAAUAAGCUCCCUUCUUGCAGAUAACAGCACUUGUCGUCCUCCAUUGCUGUGUGACUAUGAAGCUCAUUAUCAAUCACUCGAAGGAGGCUGGAGAGGGCCGGAAGAUUCUUGUUUUGAGGAUCAGCCGAGGUUGUAUGUGCCUGUGGGGCAUAGUUAACGGAAUCCUAUGGGAGUAAUUAGAUGUGGUACGUUGUUAAAUUAUAUACAUACAACAUAUAUGGAGAUAUAUGUUUAUUUGGUGUCGGCACUUUGUUGGCAAACCCUAGUGGGAUUAUCUAUUUUGUUUGUCUUUUCUUAAUUAACUUUUUGGAUAAUAUAUUUUAGCUAGCCUCACUCCAUUCGGAUAUUCUUCUUAUCAACACUUCAGGGAUAGUAGUAUCAUAUAUAAGCUAAUAAUAAUUCAUGCUACCUCUAAAUGUUCGAUGUCGUCCAUCAGUGGUUGUGGGACUUGAGACAGACAAAUUGGAUGUGGAACAACAACCAUAAGUAUG